AUGGAUUAUACCUCUGAAAAUAAAGUGGUGAGUCGGAAACCCCCUUCAGGGCAGCUAUUGGGGUCAUGUGGCUGGGGAGUCUUGGGUCACCUUUGGAAAGCUGGGAGCUCUAGAUUCACCGUCAGGUACAUGAUUCAUUUGAGAGUUCUCUACGAUUACCAAAAUUCCUUAGGAAAGCAAGAGGCAACACGCCAAAGCUUCAUCCACGGCAAGGCUCUUCUGCAGGCUGACUACAGUGCCACAUUCAUUCCUGGGGUCUCUCCGGACAGGUUGGGCGUGGCUUUCAGCCGGGCGGACCCUCAGAUCAGAGGAGGAGUCUGGGGGCGCGGGGCUCAGGAAUGCUCUUCAGGGGGCCACCAGUUUCUUCAAAGUCCAUACAGAAGUGUCCACUUUGACUCCAAGUAUCUACAGCAGUCAGAUACUCAAGAUCUGAUUUGUGACCACUCCCUUGUCCCUGGGUGGUACCGAUUUCUUAUCUAUGACAGACCUGCUGAGAUGCCAACCAAAUGUGUGGAGGUGAACCAUUGUGGAACUCAGGCUCCUAUCUGGCUGUCUCUAGGAGAUUCAGAAACACUGCCUCUUCCUGGGGAAAUCAAGCAACUGACUGCUUGCGCCACAUGGCAGUUUUUGUUUACAAAGGACUGCUGCCUCUUUCAAAUACCUGUGACUGUAAGAAACUGUGGGGAAUUUUUUGUAUAUUUUCUACAACCAACUCAGGGUUGUAUGGGUUAUUGUGCAGAAGCUAUUUCUGGUGCAAAAAUGUAUACAUGUGGCCCUGAAGAAAUAGAAAUUGGAGGUAAUUGCAUUGAUCGGCUGUCAGUCUCCUCACCACCACCUCCUCCAGGAAGGCCAGAGGUUGUGGUGGAGUUGAUUGAAUCCAGGCUGUUCUGUAGAUGUGCUUUUGAUAUUCCACCAACAAACACCUCAGUGGGAUUUCUCAUAGCCUGGUCUAGACUUUCUUCUCAAGAAAUCAAAGAGGAGCUGAAACAGGAGACCACAAUUCAAGCCUUCUCUCUUUUAGAACUUGAUGGCAUAAAUAUCGUACUUGGGGAUAGGAUUUUCUGCAGUGCUUCAGUCUUUUUCUUGGAGAAACCAGAUAUACUAAGUUUGUCCAUUGAAAGCCAAGGAUUUUUUGCAGGCAUUAAGUUACAACCUGAAUUGAGCACUAUAUCUGAAGAUGGGAAGGAACAUUGGCUGAGAAUAGAGAGCACGAUUCCAAUUGUUUGUUCUGAAUUUAGUGAGUUUGAUCAAGAAUGCAAAGUUUCAUUAAAGUUGAAAACUGUUGAUCAAGGUAAUGAACAACUAGGCUUAAAUUUGGCAUUGUCUUCCUGUCAUGUGGACCUGCUCCAGACUUCAUCCUGUACCAAUGGAACCUGUAGCCAUGCUAUUGUACACUAUAUGGCUGUCACAGACUUUUCCCGAGAUGGAGAUAGAAUUACAAACAUUGAAGUACAGCCUGUAGUCAAGGAGAACUUCUUGUGGAGCAGCUACAUUCCAGAUGGCAUUCAGAUAAAAGUCAAGGAUAUUCCAACUGCUUACUGCUAUUCAUUUACUGACCCCCAUAUAAUUACCUUUGAUGGCAGGGUAUAUGAUAACUUCAAGACUGGAACAUUUGUGCUUUAUAAAAGUACAGCACGUGAUUUUGAAAUCCAUGUGCGCCAGUGGGACUGUGGAAGUCUUCACUAUCCUGUGUCAUGUAACUGUGGGUUUGUUGCCAAAGAAGAAGGUGAUGUAGUUACUUUGGAUAUGUGCAAUGGAAAGUUACAUGAAUCACAACCAUACUUAUUUGUAAAGAGCCAUGAUGCAUCCAGCAAUAUCAAGAUAACUGAAUCUUACUUAGGAAGAAAAGUCACAAUUUGGUUUUCUUCUGGAGCAUUCGUCCGUGCUGACCUUAGUGAAUGGGGUGUCAGUCUCACCAUCAGAGCCCCUAGUUCUGAUUACAGGAAGACUUUGGGACUCUGUGGUACCUUCGAUGGAAAUCCUGAAAAUGAUUUCCAUGAUAAAAAUGGAAUCAAAUUGGAUGAAAAUUUUAAUGAUUUUAUUAAGGAAUGGAGGAUUGUACCUGGAGAGAGCAUGUUUGACACUUUGCCAACUUCUCUCACAUAUCCUACAAGACUCUCUUAUUGUAGCUGUUCACUGGGAUCUGCAUCUGAGCACUCAUUUCCUAAUCAUGCUUACAGUGUUUCUCAGUCAGAAAUUGCUUCUGUUUGUGAAGAUAUCAGACAUGUUCUGUUCUCCUCUUUGAUACCAGAACUAGAUGUCACUUCAGAAUACAUUAAGACCUCUGAGGACUUGAACCUAGAAGCUCUUGACAGAGGAAUAAAUAAGCACACAUCUGGAGAUGAAAAUAAGUUGGAUUUCUUGUUGCAAGAAACAAUGCUUGCAAACCUAACCAAACUGGACUUGAAUUUACAACAUCCUGGGAAUGGAAAACAAGAUGCACCAGAAUAUUUGGACAAGGAGAGAAAGAACCAAGAGAGUUACAGCCAAGACUUGAAGUGGAAUCAGCUACACCGAUGGAAACGACAAGACGUUAAUGAAUUUCUGCUUUCGCUGGCUUUUCAAAGUCACAAUCAAAUGAACCUGGAAAAGUUUACUUACUUUUUCCCCGAGGAUCAUGUCGAAGAUGCCCAUCAAGAAUUUGUCCCCUCGUGGCCCACACCUUCUGGUCUUACCAAAUCCAGCACCUUGGCUCUCUGUCAGCAGACGCUAGCCAACUCCAGCAUAGGAAGGCUCUGUCUUGCUUUUCUUGGCAAGAGACUAGAUCAGGCCAUUGACAUGUGCGUUAAGGAUGUUCUUCUAAAAGAUGAUGCUAGCUGGACAGAAGCCAGUCUGGCACUUCUGGAAAAUGAAUGUGAAAAGAGAGUUUCAGAAGAGAGAAAAUGGAACAAGGAAGAACUUGAAGACGUUCUCCUGGUAUUAAAAUGCCCAGGCUUAUGCAGUGGCAAUGGGCAGUGUAUGGAAUGGGGAUGUAUGUGUUUUCCUGGCUUUAGUUCCUACGAUUGCAGUAAAUUGUAUGAUAAGACCCCUGAAAUAACUGAACUUGAGAAUGCUGGAUUCUGUGAUGUUCAGAGAUAUAACUGUGUGAUGGUCAGAGUUUUUGGUGAAGACUUCAAGACUUCUAUUAAGUGUGAAGUUACCAAGCUGCAAUAUAAUGGCCAUAAAUGGGUGCUGGGAGAAUCCAUCUCUGUUCAGACGAUCUUUCAGAGCAGCAGAACUGUUGAUUGUCACUUACCAACUGAGGUCCAGCAGGCUAAUUCCAUGGAUCUGAUGGGUGAGAGCUCAGUUGUGAAGUGGCAGUUAAAGGUGUCUAAUGAUGGUUACAAAUAUAGUAAUCCCAAAGUAUUGGUCAUAUACAAUGGAACUUGUCAAAUUUGUGGUCCCUAUGAAAAUGACUCAUGUACUAUCAAGGAAACUGUUUGUGUUAUAGAUGGGCUCUGCUACGCUGAAGGCGACAAAAAUCCAACUAUGUCAUGUUUGAUUUGUAAACCACAAACCUCAAAAUUUACUUGGUCCUAUUUAGAAAGAAACCAACCUCCUAUGAUUCAAUCCUUGCAAGACAAAAUACAGACCUUUUAUGGAGAAAAUUUUGAGUACCAGAUCAUGGCCCUGGAUCUAGAAGGUUCUGAGAUCCAUUUUACAUUGGAUUCUGGUCCUGAAGGAGCAAGUAUUUCUUCUGCAGGACUUCUUACAUGGAAAGCAGAGGCACAGAUUCCCCCACCAUUCUCCAUACGCCUUCAGGAUGACUGUGGUGCUGAGGCAAAUGUCAAAAUUCAGGUGGCUGUAAAAUCUUGCGACUGCUUGAAUGGUGGAUUGUGUGAGUCCGACAGGAGCUUUCCUCCAGGGAGUGGCGCAUACUUGUGUGUCUGCUUGCCUGGCUUCCAGGGUGGUCGUUGUGAAGAGGAUGUCAGUGAGUGCCAAUCAAACCCUUGUGGCCUUGGCAGAUGUCAUAGAGGUUUUGACAGUUAUUCUUGUGAGUGUCCACCUGAGUUCAAAGGAAAAAACUGUGAAGAAGAUGUUGAUGAGUGUAAAUCUGGGCCUUGCUUUCCAGGAGCAGAAUGCUUCAAUACCUUUGGCUCCUAUUAUUGUAGCUCAUGUCCAAAAGGAUUUUAUAGUGAUGGGAAAACAUGUCACAGUUUGGAUUUUCAAUCACCUCAAAAGGAGUAUUCAGUAACUGCUACAAGCUUUGCCCACAGUCCCACUACUACUCAAAACCUUUUGAGCACAGAGAGCAUCUCCCAAUUGCCAUUAAACUCAACUAUGGCUCUCAUGGGUAAUUUGAAGAAAGCUAUUUCUCAUCAGAUGUCGGGUUAUGAAUAUGUGGACAAGGUUCUCAGUGCAAAUCUGGAUGAGCUACAAGUUCCUGCAAAUAACACUAGUCUUUCAAGCAUUAAUUCAAACAGCUCCUUUGGUGAUGAAAAGGACAUUUUCCAGAGCGUGAUCCAAAGAGAGAUGGGAAGACAUCAUUCUCAGAUUAACACGUCCCUCCAAACAUACAGCCAGUUUGCAUCUGCAUUACCAGUGACUAAAGCAGUGACAGUUUUGUCAGGAAAGUCUGGAUCAACCAAAACAUCAACUUGCACUAAGUCAUCCUGUUUUCUUGGAGUUUCUUGUGUACCAACCAGAGAUGGCCAUUUCAAAUGUGGACGCUGCCCUCUGGGGUACUAUGGAGAUGGCAUCACUUGCAAAGCUAUUUGUAGACACCCUUGUGGGAAAGACAGAGAAUGUGUGGCCCCCAACACGUGCAGGUGUAAAGCAGGCUACGUUGGUUCUAACUGCCAAACCGCGAUAUGUCACCCUGCUUGCAAAAACCAUGGAAAAUGUGUAAAGCCUCACAUUUGUGAAUGUCCUCCAGGAUAUGGCGGAGCUACCUGCACUGAAGAACAUUGCAACCCUCCUUGUCAACAUGGUGGUACAUGCUUGUCUGGCAACCUCUGCACUUGUGCUUACGGUUUUGUGGGACCCAGGUGUGAAACAAAGGUUUGUAACAGGCACUGUGAAAAUGCAGGUGAAUGUCUUGAACCAGAUGUUUGCCAGUGCAAGCCAGGCUGGUAUGGACCCACCUGCAAUACAGCUCUGUGUGAGCCCAUUUGCCUCAAUGGUGGUUCCUGUUACAAGCCAAACACUUGCCUCUGCCCAAAUGGAUUCUUCGGAGCACAGUGUCAGAAUGCCAUCUGUCACCCUCCCUGCAAGAACGGUGGCCUCUGCCUGAGAGACAACGUGUGCGUCUGUCGUAAAGGAUACACUGGAAAGAGAUGCCAGAAAAGUAUCUGUGACCCUAUGUGUAUGAAUGGAGGCAGAUGUGUGGGACCAAACAUUUGCUCGUGCCCUUCUGGUUGGAGUGGGAAACGAUGCAGCAGACCAACCUGCUUUCAGAAAUGUAAAAAUGGAGGUGACUGCAUUGCUCCUGGGGUGUGCCACUGCCCUUCGGCAUGGGAAGGGGGGCAGUGUCAAAUACCAAUUUGUAAUCUAAAGUGUCUUUAUGGAGGCCGAUGUGCAUUUCCCAAUGUGUGCUCUUGCCGCUCUGGAUAUUCUGGGGUCAAAUGUGAAAAGAAAAUACAGGGCUCCAUCGCUCAUGUCUCCUGGCGCUCCUCUGGUCACCAUGGAGUCCAACUUCAGCUCUCCAUGGAGCUGAUCUGGUGUGUUGGGGCCCAAGAUAACAUAAAUCAGCAGCAGAAGACCCCAAUUCAGGAGACGGGAGCUCUUGUUUUGAACACUUCUUCUCCAGCUGGUAUCAUUGUCUUGGAGAUGGUGGAAACUUUAGGAGAUGACACUUGGCUGAAAGGAGAAAAGGGAGGGAGUGCUUUUGAAGGUUGUACCUGGUCCCCAGAUUUUUCCUCACUUUCUCUGCUUCCUGUCUACCAUAAGCUGUUUAUCCUAUCUUACCAACAGGAUGUGGAAUCAUUUUGCCUCAGCAUUCACACUCAAAAUGGACGAAAUGUUGUUUCAGAAAGUGAAUCCACUCAGGCAAAACCCAAUCUAAAAGCUACUGUUCCAUACAAAGGAGAGUGA